UCAUUCAUAGUGCGCCGUCUCUCCUCUCCGCUUCCCCUCCGGCGUUCCCUCCCCUUCGUCUCCUCGCGAAGUCGCCCGCCGCCUGCGCCGAUCCCCAUCCCGUGAGCAGAGCAGGGGCGCCGCCCUCCGCCCUGCUGUUUCCGCCGCAUCAUGCAUGUUGAUCAAUUAAGGAGGCGCCAACAUUCAGUAUCAGAACUGACUUAUGUAAGGGAUGAAGACACAAAACUUGAGACCACACGGGCAAGGCUGUCAAAUGUUCUCAAAAGACAUGAAGAUUUGAAAGAACGCCUCUCAAGGGAUUCUGAUAAGCUGAUUUUUGAGCGGCUGCAGAGAGAAUUUGAGGCUGCACGAACUGCCCAAACCAAAGAGAUCUCAAUAGAUGAUGAGCAGUGGAAUGAUGGUUUGCUGGCAACCAUCCGUGAGAAGGUCCAUAUGGAAGCUGAUAGGAAGGCCAUGCCCAACCAAGCCAAUGCUCCACCUGACCCUCAACUCCAGUUGAGGACUGCAUAUAGAACUAAAAACAAGGUUAUCUAUUGUUUGGAUGGUGCGAGAAUUGGUAUACAGUACGAGACCUUUUUUGCUGGAGAACCUUGUGAAAUUUACCAUUGUGUUUUGGAAAGCAAGUCAUUCCUUGAAAAGAUGACUGUGAUCGAACACACCUUACCUUUCUUUCUGCCAAUGCGAGAAGUAGAAAGUGAUUUCCUAUCAUCAAAUGCUAUUAAAUUUAUUGAUCAUCUUGAAGAGAUUUUGCAGUCUUAUGUUGACAGGAGAGAGCAGGUUCGACUUAUCAAGGAGCUAUAUGGGAACCAAAUUGGAGAACUGUUCCAUAGUCUUUCAUAUAAUUUGAUAGAGUUUGUAAUGGAGGAUUUUGAGUGCAAAGUUACAGUCAGUAUCCGAUACUCAGAUCUAUUGUUCACCCUACCAAGUCAGGCCAGGGUCUUGGCUUGGCCGCUUCGCCCUUCCCGGGGAAUAUCGGUAGCCGAGCGCAGAUCUAGUCGUGCAGCAGCUGCUCAACUAGUACCAUUCCGCCUUCACUAUGCCGAGGAUGCACUAAAGACCUUGAGUUUGCCAGAAGCAUUUGCGGAGAUUGUGCUUAGCCUACCCCGUGCUCUGAGGCAGAUACUCUCUCCUCAGGAAAGUGAUUGAUGUUGUCUGCGUGGAAUUUGGUAAUGAAACUCACAUGGCAGCAGAAACUUUCGGUACUAUGCAGAAUAUUUUACCUCACUAACGGGACACAGAAAUAUUUGGCAGGAUUGUUCAGAAUAUUGUGGUUUAGUUGGUUACUGUCUAGAAAUUGCGAUUGCUGCGAAGCCAGUUGAUAACAAUAAACACCGCUUUCAGCAAAUUUGACAUAUGACUACCCGUCUGGUUUGUGCCGUCGAUGUAAUAUUCGUGUUUAGUAUUUCAUACCAUGACAGCAGAUAUUGCAUGGACAUGUUUUCA